AUGUAUGUGAAAUGGUUGGAUACAGGAAUGUUAUACUAUGUGAUUUUAGUGUAUUAGAAAAUAUCAGUUUUUAAAAUGUUCAAAUUUGCCACCGGUUCCGGCCCCCGUACGUCACGGACUAGAACACGGAAGCCGGAUGCCGGCAUCGGGAGGAGGAGAUGGCCGGGGACACUGCAGGGGGGACAUCGCAGGAGCGCAGGACAAGGUAAGUGCAGAAGAGAUCCCGGAGCAACGCUGCAGUGUAUUCCCGAGUGUAGCUCGGGGUUACCGCUUUUGAUACUGAAACUUUACCCCGAGCUACACUCGGGAAUACCGCCAGGGAGGUUAAUAAAAUAAAAU